AUGAUGUUUUUGUCGCCAGUUGUCUUGUUUGCUGCAGCCGCAUGUGCUUUCCCUAUCGACUUCAACAGCAAACCAUAUGAUCAACAGGCAUUGGAUCAGUUUAAUGUCCUACGCUUCCUAGGAACUGCGUCUCCCUAUGUUCAACAACCAGGUCAUGGAAUUGAUCCUGACGUUCCUUAUGGAUGUGAAUUGGAACAGGUGGUUUUUAUUGCUCGUCAUGGUGAACGUUACCCAACAAAAAGCAAAGGUGAAUCUAUUGAAAAAGGUCUGAAAAGAAUAAGAUACAACAUCACUGAUGAUCUCAAUGGUCCACUAUCAUUCUUGCCAAGUUAUGAUUUCAGCGGUCUUGAUCCGGAGAGAUAUGAUGAUGAGACCUUUAAAGGCCCUUAUGCCGGUCUUGGUGACAUGUACAAAUUUGGUGAAGCCUUUAGAAACACUUAUGAUCACUUGGUAAGUGAUGAUGCUGAUGAUCUUGUUUUUUACACAGCCUCACAGGAGAGAGUUGUGGUUUCUGCUAGAAAAUUUGCUGAAGGUUUCUUGGGCAAGAAGAUUGACAACUCAUCGUUAGUUAUCAUUGAUGAAGACGAUGAAAAUUUGGGUGCAAAUUCCUUAACACCAAUUACUUCUUGCAGAAACUACAACAAGACUUUGAACGACGAUCUAAUCGACACUUUAUCAGAUGAUUAUUUGAAAACCACUGCAAAGAGGCUAAACAAAGAGACUCCAGGUUUGAACUUAACAACAAAGGAAGUGGAGGCUCUAUUUAACUACUGUGGUUUUGAUCUAACUACCGCAGGAAAAUCAGCCAUUUGUGAGAUAUUCACAACGGACGAGCUACUUGCAAGAUCAUACGCGAAUGAUGUGGAUUAUUAUUACCACAAGGGACCGGGUUAUAAUCUAAGUGUCCCUGUUGGAUCAGUAUUCGUUAAUGCUGUCAUUGACCUUUUCAAAGAUGAUACUCGAAACUUAACAAUGACAUUUGCUCAUGACACCGACAUAUUCUUUAUUGUUUCAACACUAGGCAUUUAUGAUGGAGAGCUGCCAUUGGAUCAUCAAAGUUUCAAUCACUUGUGGAAAGUUUCCAAUAUCAACCCUAUGGGUUCAAGAUUAAUUUUCGAGAAACUUCAAUGUUCUAACGAAAGCUAUGUCAGGGUGAAACACAACGAUGCAGUUAUUCCAAUCACAUCAAUAAGUUCCGGUCCAGGAUAUAGUUGCACAGUUGAUGAGUUUGAAAAGUAUAUAGAGGACAGACUUAAUGGCGUCACUUAUGCAGAGGCAUGUGGCAACCCAGAUGAUUUACCAGCUGAGCUGAACUUCCUUUUGGAUUGA